AUGGUUGGUCGACUACUUUCGCUGUCCGACGGCGUAAACCACAUCAACAAUGAAAAAGUCCCGACAGCCAAGGGAAGCCCACACACCGGAGAGAAGUUAUUGUUGAGCAAGCGGUUGCCUGCGAGAGAUGGUUAUGCGCCAGCCCGCAAAUCAAUCGAGCGUGGUAUUGAGGAUAUCGAAUGGCCUCAAGGUGUCAAGAUUGACCGAGUAAUCGAAUCUGCGUGGACUAUCCUCCUGUCAUGGUAUGGGGAGGAGACCGAUACGGUGUUCGAUGUCGUGUUGCCAGUAUCAGGCGAACGGCGUGCUGGACCCGCAGCCCUAACUGUUGGCGUGGUGGUUGAAGGAAAUAUGACCUUGACUGCAUUACAGCACAAGAUGCGGUUACCUACAUCGCAGCGAAUGACGAAUUUCCCACGCAACGCAGAGACCAGUUUGGGUUGGCAACAACGGUCAUUACUAGUGGUGCAAUCUGCCGUCGAAGCAGACAAGGUGCCAAUCUUCGACGCAGGGGUAGGGUUAGGGACACACAAUGUCAUCCUCCACUGCAAGGUAAACGAUAUUUCUCUUCAUUUAGAGAUGGAAUUCAACGCGACGACUCUCAGCGAGCAGGACGCACCGCGAGUCCUGGACCACUUCGGUCACGUACUGCGUCAGAUCUGCCGGGCCAAUAUGGCCAGUACGAAGAUCAGCGAUCUGGACAGGAUGACAGCAGAUGACCUGCGCCAAGUCUGGGCCUGGAAUGAAAAGGUCCCCCAGGCGGCAAGAGGUUGCGUUCAUCACCUCUUUGCUGAGAGCGUCGCUCGACAUCCGCUCAAAACAGCCAUAUGUGCCUGGGAUGGGGAGUUGACAUACGCUGAAUGGGACACGCUUUCCACCCAGUUGGCACAUUGCCUCAAUCGCAGGGGGGUACGUCCAGGGGAUGUACUGCCGUUAAUUUUCGAAAAGUCCAUGUGGGUGCCCGUCACUCAAUUCGCGGUCAUGAAGGCUGGUGCGGUGUCGGUGGUGAUCGAUCCGUCGCAGACUAAGGACCGCAUCAGCAAGAUGAUCGACAUUGUAGGACUGGGCCUUAUUCUAUGUGCUCCAUCAACAGCACCUCUUGUGUCUCUGAUUACCGAGCGAACACCAUUCGUAGUCCAGAAAGAGACCAUCUUAGAGGUGCCGGAGCAACGACAAAGUGGAGAUGCAGGGACAGCACUUCCUGUCGGCAAGCCAAGCGACCUUCUCUACGUUGUCUUUACGUCCGGCACCACUGGGAACCCGAAAGGGGCGGCAAUCACACAUUCGAACUUCACAUCGGCAGUCAAGCAUCAGAGCGAGUACAAGAAUUUCCAUCCGACCGCAAGAGUGGCAGGGUUCUGCUCUUACGCGUUCGACGUAUCAUGGUCUGAUUUCAUCCACACCCUCGCGGCGGGAGCCUGCCUGUGCAUACCCUCCGAGCACGACAGAAAGCAUGACUUCGUUGGGUACAUGGUCAAGAACGAGGUGACCUCUGUGCACCUUACACCGUCGGUCGCCGCCAUUCUGGACCUAGACAAAGUGCCCACACUGGACACUGUCGAGCUAAGCGGCGAGGUUGUCGACUUCGACAAGUUACCACAGCUGAGAAAUGUUGGCACAAAGAUCAUCACGUACGGCCCGGCUGAAUGUACCGUGACUGCCACCGGGGUCACCAACAAGGGUGGGACUAGAAAGGCUAGCAUUGGGUGGGCCCUGGGAUCGACGACAUGGAUCGCCGACCCGAACAAGGAUGCCCUGACGCCCAUAGGACUGACCGGAGAGCUGCUGCUCGAAGGACCACUCGUUGGAGCCGGAUACCUGAACGACGGCGAUAAAACGGCCGCAGCCUUCAUCGAAGAUCCAAGUUGGUUACUACGUGGCGGUGCGGGGGUGCAGGGCCGUCGCGGUCGUCUGUAUCGAACAGGAGACCUGGUCCGGUACACUUCUAACGGCGAACUUCUAUACCUCGGGAGAAAAGACACCCAGGUUAAGAUCAAUGGCCAGAGGACGGAGCUAGGAGACGUGGAGCACCAUAUCUGUCGAGUUUUGAACUCGAUGCCAGCCGUGGCUGAUAUUGUCGCUGAAGUCGUCACGCCAGAGGUCACCCAACGUCUGAUGUUGGUAGCCUUUCUGCUCAUGCCUACGACCAGCCCUCACCAAUUGCACGAGAAAGCCGCCCCCAUUAUCGAAAUGUUGGAAAGAGCAAUGCCCGGCCAGGUGCCGCCUCACAUGGUCCCUAGUGCAUAUAUACCCAUGACCGACCUACCACGAGGGCUAACGGGAAAGACGGACCGAAGGGCACUGCGGGAAAUGGGCGUCAAACUGGACUACAAAACCUUCGCAUUGCUGUGUGGUCGCCGUCCUCAACAACAUGCCGAACCCACUACAGAGGGCGAGAGACAGCUCCGGGAUCUCUGGGCAUCAGUGCUGAACCUUCCAGCAAGCGACAUUGGGACAGAAGAUAACUUCUUGCGCCUUGGUGGUGACUCGAUCUCCGCCAUCCGGCUAGCAACUGAUCUCGGACGAAAUGGGAUUUGGUUGACGGUCUCGGAUAUCUACAGUCAGCCGCAGCUCAGCGAGAUGGCUAAGCUCAUGUCACGACAUGAGAAAGUGGCCCCAGAAGCGGUGCGACCGUUUUCCCUUUUGAAGGCCGAGAUGGACAGGGACAGCGCCUGUCGCCAGGUAGCAGAAUCUUGCUCCGUCGGCACGUGGCGCGUGGCCCCUUCACAGGUCGAGGAUUUAUUCCCCUGCACAGCGCUACAGGAGGGCCUGUUGGCCAUGACGGCGAAGAGCGUGGGCAAAUAUGUGGGCCACCGGGUUGCGGAACUACAACCAGGGGUCGAUAUAGUAAGGCUCCAGGAGGCGUGGCGAAUCGUCUGUGAAAGAGCGUCUAUCCUUCGAACCCGCAUUGUUGACCUGCCAGGUCAGGGAUUGGUACAAGCUGUCAUUAAAGAGGUAUUGCACUGGCAAACCUUCUGCUCCUGGGAUGAAUAUCAUAAAAGCAGACUAAACGCCGACAAUGGGCAGCAGGAAGGCACUUUCGGAAGCACCACAAUGGGUCUGGGCACCCCCUUAACCCGUUUCGCCAUCAUCCACGACAAACGCACAGGCAAGAGAUACCUGGCGUUGACACAUCACCAUGCGACCUACGACGGCUGGUCUGUGCCACUUCUACAAAAAGAGGUGGAAAAGGUGUACAUAAACGGCGAAGGAGAAUUAUCCGCACUUCCCAUGCAAAGCUUCGUGAAAAACGUUAUGAACCAAUACGGUGACGACGGGGCGGCUUUUUGGAAGCAACAAUUUGCGGGGAUCGAAGCUUCGCCGUUUCCAACCCUCCCGGCUAAGACGUACGAACCAACGCCAGACAAGGUGAUCAAUCAUUCGAUUGAUCGCAUUCGCUGGCCCACGUGCGGUGUUACACCCUCUUCGGCGCUGCGUACGGCCUGGGCGACGCUCAUCUCCUGGUACGUUGACUCUCCAGAUGUCACAUUUGGGGCGGUUGUGUCAGGCCGUCAAGCUUCCGUACAUGGGGUCGAGAACGUAGCUGGUCCUACCAUUGCGACAGUCCCACUUCGAAUCGUAGUCCGCGGGACCGUCGACGAUCUGUUACAUCAGGUGCAAGGACAGGCGACGGAGAUGAUUCCUUUUGAGCAGUACGGCUUGCAGCAUGUGCGCCAGAUCAACCAGGAGGCCAAAUAUGCAUGUGAAUUCCAGACCCUCUUGCUGGUACAUCCGUCAGUCGAAGAAAGCGCCGUCGACAGUCUCGUCUUCAAAGAAGGUCUCAAAGACCAAGAAACCGAUUCCGGUUCGGAAAACACAUACGCCAUGAUGCUUACGUGCCAAACAUCGGAGUCUAGGUUGAACCUACAGUUGAGCUUCGACUCCGCCACUAUCCAAGAAAAAAGUGCGGUACGACUCCUCCAGCAAUUGGAGCAUAUACUAGGUCAGAUCGCCUCAAUUGAUGGCUCGACCGACAUAGGCAAUCUCAGCAGAGUCAGCGAGCGGGACCUGCAGGACAUAUGGACAUGGAACGCGACGGUGCCGGAGAGCGUCGAGGACUGCGUGCACAAUUUGUUUGCGCAGAGGGUCAUCGAGACCCCCGAUGCACCCGCCGUGUGCGCGUGGGAUGGCCAGUUGACAUACCGCCAGCUUGACCGGUUUUCCACGUUGUUGGCAGGGCGCCUCGUCAGCUUGGGGCUCGGAGUGGGACCGGGUGCCAUCGUACCGCUGUGUAUGGAGAAGUCCUUAUGGGUGCCCGUCGCGGUGUUUGCCAUCAUGAAAGCCGGUGCUGCGUCUGUCGCACUAGACACGACACUGCCUUGCUCCCGACUGGAGACUAUCGUGAGCCAGCUAUCAGCAAAGGUGAUAUUGACCUCGAAGUCUUGUGCGAACCUUGCUGUCGCCAUCACCAAAGCUCCAACUUUCGAAGUAGAUAGUGAUUGGAAAAAUCCACCCGGUCCCAUUCCAACAUUGCCUACAGUCAUGCCCUCAUCGGCACUUUACGUCGUCUUCACCUCCGGAAGCACGGGCGCCCCGAAGGGGGCCAUCGUCACACACGCCAAUUUCUGCAGCGCAAUCAGACACCACCAGCCAGCGCUCGAGUUCAGGCGGUCGUCGAGAGUUUUCGAUUUUACCUCGUACGCUUUCGACGUGGCAUGGUCUAAUUUACUGCACACACUAACGGCGGGUGCAUGUCUGUGCAUUCCGUCGGAGGACGAACGCACUGCUGACAUCAACGGCUCCAUUAGCCGGCUGCGGGCGAAUUUCGUCCAUCUCACACCCACCGUUGGACGCCUGCUCAAUCCCGCAGCCUUGAAAGGCCUCACGAAGGUUUUUUUCAUUGGCGAGGCGCUAAAGGCAAGUGAUGUCGCCCAAUGGGAGGUCUCCAGUGCCGAUAUCUACAACACGUAUGGCCCUGCGGAAUGCACUGUCACAAGCACGGUAGAGAGAGUUGGUAGGGGGGAGUCCGACGUCAGAGCUGGUGACCCCGGGAUAGGCAAAGGUACAGGCGCGUUGACGUGGGUAGUUCAACCUCUUGCACCGGACAGGCUGGCGGCUAUCGGAACCGUCGGCGAGUUGUGGCUGGAAGGGCCGAUCGUGGGUGCAGGAUAUCUGAACAACCCUGACAAGACUGCCAGUGCGUUUGUCGAGGACCCCAAAUGGCUAUUGGAUGGAAAACCCGGACGAGUGCCUGGUCGCCGAGGACGACUCUACCGGACGGGUGACCUGGUUUACUACAAACCUGACGGCUCGCUUGGAUUUGUAGGGCGAACCGACACCCAGGUCAAAAUUAACGGCCAGCGAAUGGAGCUAGGGGAGAUCGAACACCACGUCCGUCGACUGCUUCCGACCACCGUGGUGUCGCAGAUAUUGGUGGAUGUGAUCACCCCGGACUCUACUCGGCACCAGACUCUGGCGGCAUUCUUGGUCAUGCUUGACGGCGACAGUGCAGGAGUCACACCGAAUGAGGUCAUUGCCCCGAUGGUCGCAGAACUUCGCAGGGAGCUGUCGAAAUUGCUCCCCUCGUAUAUGGUUCCCAGCGUAUACAUCCCUAUUUCGCUGUCAAAGCUGCCCAUGACAGCAACAGGAAAGACGGAUAGAAGGAGGAUUUGCGAGCUGGGAAGAACCUACAACCCAUCGGAGCCUCCAUCCUCAGACGGGUCGACGUCUGAUGCUACCCUGACCAACACAGAAGAGGCCAUGCGGGGGAUCUGGGGAAGGCUGCUGGAUAUAAAACCCCAUACUAUCAGCACAGGUCUCAGAUUCUCCGACGUUGGGGGUGAUUCAAUCAAGACUAUGUCACUGGCUAUGGCCAUACGCCAGCAAUUCGACCUCAACAUUGGAGUACCACGGCUGAUCCGACAGCAAAAUAGCCUGCGUGAACUUUCCGCGCUAAUCGAUGACCUGCUGCGCGGCCAGUCAGUCGAGGAGUUGACCCAGCCAACACCGACUGACCUGGAGCGCGAGAUCAACUUGCUGGUCAGCCAGAUUGACUGUGGUCGUACCGGCUCUAGAUCAACGGUCUUCCUCACCGGGUCAAGCGGGUUCCUGGGUACCCAGAUUCUCCACUUUAUACUCACAAAGCGCGCAUUCGAAAAGGUCGUGCUCCUUGUUCGUGGCCUCGACGGACAGACGGGGCUGGACAGAGUAAGGAGGACGGCCAAGAUCACCGGAUGGUGGAAAGAAUCGUUUGCUUCGGUGAUCGAAGUCUGGGAUGGGGACCUCUCGGCCAAAAGACUAGGGCUGAACGAUUCACAUUGGAGCGCGUUGUGCGGUCGUCCGAGUUCACAUGGCCCUAUCGACGCUAUCAUCCACAACGGCGCCCGAGUGCAUUGGUCGACGAGCUACGACGGGCUGAAAGACGUGAACGUUGGGUCCACAGCGCAGCUUCUGCAGGCCGCGAUAAAAUCUCCUUUCCUGAAGACCUUUGUGUACGUUUCUGGCGGUCUCAUCACGGAUAGCCGAGUCUGGACCGAUGAAGAGGCGCGGAUAGCCAAUGGAUACGAUCAGACAAAAUACGUAUCAGAGCGACUGGUGAGCGGUGUUGCAAGGCAAUGUCGCAAACAGGGCACAUCCUUCUCGGUUGUCAAACCCGGACAGAUCAUUGGGGAUGUGCACACGGGCGUGGCGAAUGCUGACGAUUUCCUGUGGCGGAUCGUGAUGGGCGCGGUUCGGGUAGGAGCUCGCCCACUCGACUCGGAGACAUCGUGGCUGUCGGUGUCGGAUGUUCGGCACGUCACGGAUAGUAUUAUAUGGCACGCGGUUGGGAAGAGUCAAGAGAGUUUCGUCCACAUUAAGAGAGGCGUAUGGGUCAGUGCCUUCUGGGGGGCAGUCGAGGAUCAACUACAGCUGCCACUGCGGCCGGUGUCGUGGGACGAGUGGAUUGAGCUUGCCAGGCAGGACAUGGCGCGGCAGCAAGAACAGCAUCCGCUAUGGCCGGUACAACAGUUUCUGGGCACACUGGGAACGGAGAUCGAAGUCUCUGAACUUGAGAGCUGCGAAUGGGAGAUGCGAGAGGUCCUUGCCGCUGUGCGGCAGAACGUUGAGUAUCUUCGAGUAAAGGGCUUCCUGGGCUCCACUGGGAAGCAGUCGAUUGAUCAAACAAUAAUAGUGAGGACUCAGGAUAUACGUACGGCUGGUAUGAAAGGUGUGAGAGUCUGA